UACAUUUCUGGAUGGGUGAACACAUAAUUACCUAGGUAAGUUUCGCUCUCAUUACCGAGUCUACCAAGCAAAUCAAGAACACGGAAAUGCAAUUUUGCUUUCGUGAUUCGAAUCAAACUUCACGUGCUCGAUGCGUGAAAAGUUGGUGCUUUCCUAGCCAGUUUGUUCUAACGUCGCAAUCACGCGCGAGCUGAAUUGAUUGUCUUGGUCAUUCAGGUGAGAGCCCUAGUGAACGUGAGCGUGGCGCACCUGGACGUGCUUCCAAACAACAUGACUGAUACCGUCUAUUAAGGGCGGAGCCUUCACCUCCGAACCAUUUGUCAGCGCUCCGUGGUUCAUAUUACCCUAUCUCCCCACUCAACACAAACACGACCGCAACUGUAUCCGCUCACUGAACAGUGUUCAUAAAGCACCCUCACAUUUCACGUCUCCUCCGAUUGUACACACCAUGACAUCGACACACGCGACAAAAGCCGAGAAAAUUCGAGAGGAGCUUGGGAGACAGUACAAAGACAAGGACUUCAGAUUCCCCACUGGAUACACUGCCGCUGAAGCCGCCGAUUUUCUCGAUAUCCGAAAGAGAAUGUUCGAGAAGCGAAUGAGACUCCGAUCCGACGACCGUGACCAGGCCAUCUCACCUGACGACGUAUACGCGAACGAAGUCGAUCUCCUCGAAGAUGCACUACCAACAGCUGAGGGCCAAGAGAAGUUCUGGUUGUGGGUACACGAAAAUGAUCGCAAGAUCCGCACGAUGCCUGAAGCUGGGGCAGUUCAGGACUACUUCAAAGCUCUCGCUCAAACUGAUUACUCAGACAAGGUUUCUCUAAGGGAACUGUUCACAGUACUAAAUACAUACGUUUACCCAUACAUACCCGCGGGAUCCUACAACGGUUAUCGCUAUCGCAUCGUCCCAUCGCUCACCCCACUGGCCCCUGAUGAGGAGCUGGUCGACUGGGACGACCCACGUGAAGUUGCCACCGAUCCGAUUGUAGCUAUCGACCUAGCAGGACAGAUAAUCCACUCUUCAGACGGGGUUGAGGACCGCAACCGAAGGAGGCGUGCUGACAUCUCAGAGGAAUCGUAUUUCAGUGGCUCCAGCAACAACAGCACCAUCCUAGGUAACAGUAUUACUGGAUUCGUAUGCUUUCAAGUUGGAGAGCUUCGUGCAGCCGAGGAGGAGAAUUGGUCAGAUAACGGCAACCUACCCAAGGGACAGGACGUCAGCAAGAUUCUAUGGGAGCGCACAGACUGGGUCUUGGUCUUGGUCAUCAGUGCUGAGAGUACUGCCGGUGCUGUUUGGCUGCUACAGAAUUUCAAUCCAACAGUCGAGCACACAUCCGAUCAGUACACGAUCAUCCCAGGAGAUCCAGAGAACCUUUAUGGGUGGGGUUACUUCCAGGGCGAGCGACAGUUGAAUCCGGUGCCGAUACAACGUGGUGGCGUGAAGAUCGCGCACAAGAUCACUGAUCUCACCGAGACUAGUGAGUGGACCAUGGAUGAGUACAUUACAGGAAAGUACGAGAUAGUGCAAGCAGUACUCGCGGACCGUGUUGAGGGCAAGUCGCCUGUCAUUGUCAGGCAGCUGCCAAGAUUCGAGUCCCAGGAUGAUUCGUCUCCAGACGUCUCGAGGCUCCGCAUUGAGGAUGAUUAGGAAUGGAGGGACGAAGGGUGAUGCUAGUGUACCUAGGUAUGUUAGAGAAGUCGGCCGGUAGCAUGUUCGUACAUGUUUUGAUCUCCGGAUACGUACCAGUACAUAGCGAUGGUUGCAGGGUUUUCCUUUUAUCAUAGAUCUCCUUUUGUUUAUGGGUCAGAUGGUUUGGUUUCUCGCGAAGGGUAGGACAUCAAGCAAU